AUGAAUAACGAAACAUACGAACCAACUCAACGAACCCACACCAAUGUCGCUGGCGGUUCCUCAACAGGCUCCGCCGGCAUCCCGACGGGUAUGAGGGAUUCACAAUCUACCUAUGAUCCCUCAACAAAGGGGUAUAACCCUUCAACUGGAGCAAGCUACGAAAAGCCGCCAGUCCCUCCACGCACAAACCAUGCAACAGAGCAUGCAGCGACACACGAUCAACCCUUCACUACGACAGAUAAGAGCUCUAUGGCGGGGUCAAAGGCUGGCGAUAACCUCGGUCACGGAGUUAUGGGAGCUGCGGCUUCUGUUCAUGGUGCUGGAGAAUCCCUGCGCGGAGCCCUGAAUACAGCUGUUGACCGGGCUUUCGGAUCCAAUGAUGGGGCGGAGCGGAAUGCUGAAAUCGCCCGUAAAGGCGAGGAGGAGAUUCGAUCGGGGCAGUUCAAGGGGCGGGGUUGA